GAGGAGCCGCCCAAGGAGGGACUGCCAGACGCUACGAUCGCCCCCAGCCCUUCCGAUAAGCUUGACGAUGCCAGCAAGUCCCCAGCUGCACUGGGCAGGGAAAACCCACGCGUCCAAGCCCCGAAUUCCAGUACAGCUCCCUGGAGUGAUGCACCCAGUGCUCUGCGUGGACAUGGAGAGCAGCAGGAAAGCGGCUCUGUCUGCCUCACAUCUCUUGGUGGAGCAACAGAUCCGGGGGCUGCAGAAGAGGACCAGGAGGCAAGCAUCCAGUCUCCACCGCAGAGCGGCCUGGGAGGGAGCAGCUGCUUUUCCCAAAGGCGCGGAGGUGACAUUUAUGCUGACCUCACUUUGCUGAGUACUGGUGAAUCAAACCAAGAAGGGAACAAGUUUUUCGUGGAAGAAGAGCAUAGCAGCCCCUCUGCCAACCAGACAGCUGUGUUGGAUGAGUCCUUGGGAGCAGAUGAUGGCCAGGGCUUCGCCUUCGACUAUGCAGCCUUAGCAGGUGACUCUGAAGCUGAAGAGAGUGAUGAUGUGUGCCUUCGUGCAGAGAAGUCCCCCGGGAAAGAUGAAACGAACACAGGGAUGGUGACUAACCCACCACAGGAGCCAGAGACCUCUCUUCAUGACCUGCUGGAACCAGAGCCCUCCUCCGUUUUGAGAGGGGGGAUGUCUGCCAUAAAGGAGCACCCCAGGCAGCAGCAGAGCUCCCCAGACAGCCUGUCCCCACCUGCCCGUGCAGGCUCAGCUCCUGCUUCUCCCCCCCAGCAGGAUCCUCUCCCCUGUGGUGGAGACGCAGACCCCCACCACCACUUGUCAGAGCAAAGCGAGCAGGGGCCAGUCCUGUGCCAACACGGGAAGUCCUGUGAGCAAGUAGGUGCUGCAGAGGUGAGUGUGGCUGCCGAGAGCCCAGACGGCUCCUUAAAGCCCAGAUGUGCAGAAGAGGUGAAAAAAGACUUGGGGCUGUGCUAUGCAGAGCCAGCAGAGAGCUCCCCCGCAGAUGUGCUUGCACCAAGUGACCUGGGAUCAAUGCCUCCUUCUCCUCCGCGAGGUCACAAAGCAGGUCUGCACAGCGCUGAGCUGGACUCAGUCCUCGGUGUGCACCCCAAGACACUCUCUCCUGGCACGAGUCCGGCUCCAGAUGGUGCCCCAUGGUCCUCCUGCGUGGGCACCUGCCCCAGGUGUGCCAGCCCUGGGAGCCAAGCAGUGGGUGGGGUAGGGAGCCACGAGGAGGAACCCGUCCUGCCUGAGGAUUCAGAAGGAGGAAGCAGUGUUCCUCUUGCCAGUCCUGCAUCUUUUUCGGCAGGGGAGUUGCUCAUGCCACUGUGCGAGUCCCAGUCUGUGUGCAACCAGGGCGAGCACGAGGCCGAGGGAUCCGACGCAUUUGCUGAUCUGCACCAUGCCAGCAUGGAGGUGGGAGAGGGAGAAAUCCCCACUCUCCCCUUCACGAUGUUGCCGUUACAUGCACACGGGGGAAUCUCUGGAGAGAGCCUGGAGCUUAGUGACACUGAGGAUAUUUCAGAUGUGCUCCUGAGGACAAAGCAGCUCCCCAGCAAAGACAGACGCAUGGACUUAACCUUUGAAGAUCUGUUUGAGACUUUCUCUGGCGACUCAGACCAGGAGUAUUUUGGGAGGACUUUACGGUCCCUGUGUAAAGCCAGGGUCUCCUACAGCACGAGAUCUGUGGAUGCUGCAGGCACAAGGACUAACUGUGACUCUUCCUCCGCGAGCUCGGUGCACAUGGAGGGACGCAGCGAGGACUGGGGCUCACUGGGCAUGAAGCAGGGCUGCUCAUGGGCUGAGCGCGGCUGGCCGAUUGGCCCGGGAGAAACCAGCAGCAGGCACGUUCCACCAUAUGUCAAUAUUAGGGACAGCCAGGGGAUCGCCAAGGACUACCGGAACUUCCUGGUCACCAAAAAGUGCCAGAAGAGGACGGGAAAUUUGCAGCCUUCAAAGAAGUGCAGCCACUGUGCAGGGCAGUCUCAUUUGUUAAGGUCACUGAUGGGGACUUGGAGGAGUUUUGAGGAAAUCACCCAGCACACUUUGGACAUGGAGCAUCUCCGUUUCCAUUAUAAGCUAAAACAAAUCCUAAGGAGUGGGAAACCACCCUUUUCUACCUCCAAAAGCAUCUUUCCAAAAGACUUUUCUCCCCAGGUGAUGUCUGAGACAUUGUCUGUGCGAGAAGCUCCCGUCCCGCUCUCCCCGCGGAGCAGGAGCCCUUUGCAGGUGACGAUCCUGCCCUCCAACACGUGGCCGAGCGGGCUCGGCUGGCACCAGCGAAGUGGCUGGCAUGGGGACCCGUGUACCCCGUGGCAGGACACCCUCUGCGAUGAGAGGAGCAGGGCCAGAUCCCGAACGCAGAGCCAGGGCCGCGUGGCUCCCUUCCAUCUCAGCAAGCUCAAAUACGAUAAUAAGCUAAAGGACUCGCGGGGGGACAUCGCUGUCAUCCUCAACGAGUACGCUGAGUUCAACAGGGUGAUGCUGAGCAGGGCUGACGCAGGGAGCGAGGGCGGAGGGCCGGUCCCGGCCCACGGGGAGGCUGUGAGCAAGAGGACGCGCGCAUCUCUCCCCGGGAGGAUGGCCGCCUUCGAGGAGAUGAUCACGGACCUGUGCAGCACGCUGCAUUUCCGCCUGCACAGCGUGGCCAAGGAGGCCUGCGGCCGCACUGGCAUGUUCUACCUGGUGGAGACGGGCAAGGACCCUUUCUUUGCAAGAGUGAAGACCUUGCUAAAGAAAGACGGCCACGUGGAGAUCAAACCUCUGAGCUUCUGCGAAGCAAAACACGCGGACGCUGACAGGCUGCUCGUUGUCAUCAGGAACGAGGACAUAUCCUCGCACAUCCAUAACGUCCCGUGCUUGCUGAAGCUAAAGUACUAUCCGAACGUGGUGUUUGCCGGAGUGGACAGCCCCGAAGAUAUAACAGGUCACACAUACCAGGAGCUGUUUUACACCGGUGGCUUCGUGGUGUCAGACAAUGAGGUGUUGGAAACGGUAACGCUGGGCCAACUGAAAGAGGUGGUGAAGGUGCUGGAGAAGCUGAACAGAAGCGGGAAGUGGAAGUGGCUCCUUCACUACAAGGAGAGCAAGAAGCUCAGAGAAGACGUCAGGGUGGACGCCAACAUCCGCAAGAAGCAUUUGAUCCUCAAAUCGUGCCAAGGAGCCGAUCUCAUCGAGGUGCUGCACUACCACGCCUGCGACUCCCAGUCGUCCCCCAAAUCCGAGUACGUCAAGUGCUUGUUGAACCUGCAGGUUCAGCACAUCAGCGCCAGGUUCGCCGUGUAUCUCACAGAAAAGCCCAGCAUCAGCAGGGAGGUCCUUGAAAGCAAAGGAAUCCUCGUGGCCGACGUCAACACCUUCCUCAGGACGGUGCAGAAAAUGGCUGCCCCGUUUAGAAGAAGCUACUGGUAA